AUGGCUGGCUUUGAUCUGGAGAACAUACAGGGCGAUAUAUGGCCCGGUCUGCCCAAACGACAGGAGAUAUUUCUGUUUUUUCGCAUUGCGGAUGACGCGAGUCAACGGCAGAAGUUCAAAGAGUAUCUUCGAAAACUUAUUCCCGACAUCACAAGUACCAAAGCUGUUUUGGACGCUAGAGCUCACAUUGGCGAAGAAAAGAAAAAAGCUGCUGCCGCCGAGGAGGCCUCGAAGCUGUUGCCAUGGUCCGGUGUCAACAUUGCCUUUUCUUCUACAGGCCUAGCUGCUCUGGGAAAGCAUAUAAUGAACACGAAAUCAAAUAUGGAAGAGAUCAGAGGAGACCCGGCGAAAUGGCGCGAGCUGAAGAAAAACCAAAUUCGCGGGGACUUGUUCGACAAGGGCAUGUUUGACGACUUGGUUUACGAGGGCUGGGAUGAUCCACAGGAGUUACGUCGAGAAUACAAGAAAGACCCGGAGACAAAACAGCGGCAGAUUGACGGAGUAGUCUUUGUGGCUGCAAGCACACAGAAGCAGCUGGAGAAGGCCGUUGGACUGGUCAAGGAGAAACUGCAUAUGCGUGACAUAGACGAUGAUAUUGACGAGGAUGCUGCCUGCAAAUUGGUGUUGACCCGGAAGGGAAAGGCCCGACCAGACCAAUUGAAAGGCAAGGAACACUUUGGCUUCGAAGACGGAAUUUCACAGCCCCAACUUGAAGGGCUAGACCCACCCCCGAAGGGGGAAAAAGAGCCCAAAGCCGUCCCUCCAGGCCUCAUCCUUAUCGGGCACGACGGUGACGCCUUGAGACAACCCGAGUGGACCAAGGACGGCAGCUUCAUGGUUUUCCGCGACCUGCAGCAACUCGUUCCUGAGUUCGAUCAAUUUUUGGAAGACAACGCUCCUGCAUCUCAGAGCGCCGAGAAAAGUCCUGCUUCGGCUAACAAGCUCGGUGCGCUCAUAAUGGGGAGGUGGAGGAAUGGGACUCCGGUUGAUCUGAACCCGAACGAUGAUAAUGAUCCUUCUCUUUUCAGAUCAAAUAACUUCAAUUACACUCCAGUUGGAUCACACGAUAGAUGUCCAUUCGCUGCGCAUAUCCGCAAAAUGCGCCCCAGAGCUGAUCUCGAUGACGAUGAGGCAGUCAUCAUCCGCCGUGGAAUAGCGUAUGGACCCGAGGUCUCGGAAGAAGAAAAGCGAAAUAAGAAGACAAGCAAGGAGCGUGGCUGGGCUAGCAACCAUCACUUCCCAGGUAAUAAGUACGAUGCUGUCGGCCUCAGUGGGCCGGGCAUCGAUGGGAUUGCCGGCCAGCGUCUUGCCCACCACCCUCCUCGAAACAUGGGCUUGCCAGACGGCAAGAAGCCUAGUGAGGCACGGCUGAACCUAGGGACGUGGGUUAUCCAUAAGGGGGGGGAAUACUUCUUUGCCCCGUCCCUCAAGGCGCUUCGGGAAGACCUGUCGUCGGCUCCUGUGCGAGCCAAGCUUUAA